GAUCCGCUUCCGGGUUCCGGGUUGAAGGUGUUCAGAUGACGUCAUGCGUUGAAGAUGGCGGAAGGGGAAGGAGGCUGGUGGGGAGGCUGGCUGCAGCAGAGCUUCCAGUCCCUCAAAGACAGAUCAUCCGAAGCGUACGAGUUCAUCAAACGGGAUUUAACAGAAUUCUCCAACGUGGUGCAACAUGACACCGCCUGCUCCAUCGUCGCCACGGCCAACGCCGUCAAGAGCAAGCUGGCCGUGGAAGGUUCAUCCGAGACCACGGAGAAGGUGAAGAAGAGUCUUUCUAACAUUCUGGGUGUGAUCACGGACACACUCGCUCCUCCGCCUGAUAAGACCAUCGACUGUGAUGUCAUCACGCUGGUGGCCACGCCGGCCGGAACCACUGAGGUGUACGACAGCACCAAGGCUCGUCUCUACACUCUACAAGCCGAUCCUGCAACAUACUGCAAUGAACCCGACGGUCCUCCGGAGCAGUUCGACGCUUGGCUCUCCACUUUCAGUCUAGACGAGAAGAAAGCUGAAAUCUCUGAGCUGCUGGUUAACAGCCCCUCUAUUCGAGCCCUCUACACUAAAAUGGUUCCAGCAGCCGUGGCUCACUCCGAGUUCUGGCAGCGCUACUUUUACAAAGUGUUUCAGCUGGAUCAGGAGGAGGCCAGGAGAGUGGCACUGAAGCGGCGAGCAGAGGAAACCGCUCAGUCCGAGAGUCUGGGUUGGGAGGAGGAAGAGGAAGAUGAGUUCCUCGGUGCCUCGUCUCCGUCCCGCUUGGACUUCACUCCUCCUCCUGUAACCGUAGAGACCAGCCCUUCGUGCGCCUCUUCCCCUGAGGUGGCGGGUUCCCACGGCGACACCAUGUCUGAUGUCACUCCGUCAGUCAGCAGCGACAGUGUGAGUCUCCCAACGCAGCUAGAGAACCUUCCGGAGAGCUGUGCCAACGCCCCGAGCGAGGACGAGAAGCAGAAGAGCACCACCACUGCGGCGGGAGCGAGGGAGGAGCAAGCCAGAACGGAGGGAGCAAAAGAGGAAGGAGCUAGAACGGUGGGAGCGAGGGAGCAGGAAGCAAGAAAAGAAGGCGCAAAAGAGGAGGGAGUGCAAGACCUGCGAGUGUUUGAGCUCAACUCCGACAGCGGCAAGUCCACGCCUUCCACCAACGGCAAAAAAGGAUCCAGUACUGACGUGAGCGAGGACUGGGAAAAAGACUUUGACCUGGAUAUGACGGAGGAAGAGGUUCAGCUGGCUCUGUCUAAAGCCGACGCCACCGCAGAGUUUGACGAUGAGGACUGGGAGAACUGGGACUGAAGAGCCGGAGCCUGACGACGAUGCGAGAACUUGACCGUUCCCAAACGAACCCACGCUUUAACGUCUCAAAACUCUUAGUCCUCGCCCACACCUUCGCAUUCAGCCAAUGGGAGCAAGACGCUGGCCUUUGGGUCCACCGACUGGGUGACUUCCAGCCAGUGAAAUUUAGUUCAGAGCUGAAUUCAUUAAAUAUUUCCACGAGCCGCUGUUUUUUUCAGGGGGAAAAUUGGCUUUAGAGCAGAAGUGGAAGCUGAACAGGACACGUCUGGGUUUAAAGUGGACACACGUGUCAAAAAGAAAAAAAGAAAAAUCAGCCCAGAGAUUGAGGUAUUGAUGGUGUGGAUGAUGGCACCUAAGCUUACAGUAUGUCAUUUGUUCUGAUUUUCCAAUAAGAGUGGGGAAACAAACAAUAUAUCAACUUUUGGGGCUUCAUAAGUAGCCAUACUCUUAUCAUGCUACUUGUUCCAUUUAUAGGAUUAGAAAUGAAUCCUGAGGUGUAAUUUAUGUUUCUCAUUUUGUGUUUCUUUCUUCAGCAUAUUGUCAUUUGGCUUUAUGUUUUUUUUUUUCUUUGUCUAUGAAGUACUAACUUCUCUAAUCUUAUGCAAGUGAUUAUAUUAGCAUAAAGUACGUUUGGCCUUUUCAUAGACGACUGUUGCACUUUCGUUUCAUGAAUACAAUACGCUACAUGACUUUGUUUAAUGUUGUGUGGGAAAAUUGUAAUUUGUCACAUGUUGAAACUUCAUAUUUGACUAAAGAUAAACUGAUGAAACGUGA